AUGAUGCCUCUGGCUCCGACAUCAGUUAUGGCAAUGCCAACGUCCAAGCCAAAAAUAGGCUUCAGCAUAGACUCGAUUGUGGGCAAUGGUGUGACGAAGACACCGGCUCAUUUUUCACCAAACAGCGAGGGCUCCGAGAGGCCACUGAGCCCACUCAGCGACUGUAGCUAUCCCACGGAAUUGUCGCAUCAGCAAUUGAGGAGUCCCAGCAGUGUCUCACCGUCUGACCUCAUGCACCGCCGAAUAGCCAGUUCACCCUCGAACGAGAAGAACCGCACGAUGCGAUUAUCGCCAUCGCACCAAACCAUCAUCGAUACCCACCGGAUGGCGUCCCAGGAGCGCCCCGAUAAGAAUCGAUCGCCAUCCCAUCCCGGACUGCCAGCAGAACACGAGCAACAUGCGCUACGCCGGCCAUCGAGAUCACCCUCGCCGCCGGGUUCGCUGCCUCCGCCUCCGCCGGGCAACAAAGGGCCCAUCGUCGUGCCAGGCAUUCCUGCGGGCCUCGUGCGCCCCUUCCCUGUGGCCCCCAGCAACAUGGCCGACAUCAAGACCCUGCCUCCGUACUUGAACUCACCGGAAAUGGUAACGGCGCACAACCCGCACUUCCUGGCCGCUCAAUUCCAAAUGGCCGCCGCUCUGCAGUCCGGUCAGUUUCCACCGGGAGCCGGGAUGCCGCAGCAUCCAGCACACAUGCCCAAUCCUAACAUGCCACGCGACAGCUAUCCACUCUAUCCCUGGCUGCUGAGCCGACAUGGAAGGAUAUUCCCCCACCGCUUUCCUGGAAAUUUUCUCCUGCAGCCGUUUCGUAAGCCAAAACGAGUGAGAACGGCCUUCUCACCUUCGCAACUGCUCAAAUUAGAGCACGCCUUCGAGAGCAAUCACUAUGUUGUGGGAGCUGAAAGAAAGACUUUGGCGCAAGCCCUUAGCUUAACAGAGACACAGGUAAAAGUGUGGUUCCAGAAUCGACGGACGAAGCACAAAAGAAUGCAGCAAGAGGAGGACGCAAAGAGUGGCAAUACCAACAGUCAGAGCCAGAAGAAUCCCUCUAGUCCCGACAACAACAACGGUAGUCAAAUUAGUUAUGAUGAGGACGAGCUCAUCGAUAUGGAGAUGGACGAUUGCCCAAGUGACGACGAGGGAGAUCCCAACAUGAAUAAAUGGAGACUCCAAAUGCCUGAGUGCUGCGUGCUUGCAUUCGCCUGGAAUUGAGUGGAGAAAAAAGUGAGAAGGAAGUUGCAGUAUUAUUGAU